AUGGGUUUGGAUCCCGGCUGCGAAUGCGGUGGGAGGUGCUGGGUGAGGAAAGGUGGUUGGGAUAUUUUGAUUCGGGAAAGUGUGUUAGUUCUUGAUACCUCCUUUCAUAUAUGGGAACACAUGGCGUUUAGGAGUGUUGACUGUUACAAAACAUGUAAAAACAGUAUGAGAAAGAAGACCCCACAAUCAAAGAGAAUGUAUAAAACCCUGAAACCUCGAGAUUCAGGAUACAUUGAAAGGAAGACUUCAUCAACCCGAACAUUUUGCGUAUAUAAUAUUAUGAUAACUUGCCGAAUUGAAUCUACUUCUCACCAAUCCCCAGCGAAGGACAAGUUCCAACACAAUCAACCAGCAAAAAACGAAAAAGAAAACGUCAAAAUGCAUGUGUCAUACACAGAUCACCACGACCGCAGAGACCUCGAAUCCACAAUCCGAUCCAUCCUCCAAGACUCAUGGACGAGCGAUACCCGCGUCGACCCAAACCGCUGGUUCGACGUUUACCCAGAAACCCCCAAUCCCUACCACCUGGCACCCAACAUGCGUGUGCACGCCGAGGAGCUAUUUGGCUCCUCCUUCUACCAGGUCAGCCGACGGGCCUUGGAAAAAUGGAUCCUCGAAGAAUGGAUUUUUGCAGUGAUGUGUUUGAAAAUUGAGUAUGUGAUACCCCUGAUCGUUUAACUAUAAGCUACUUACAAAAGGCAGGGAGAUCCAGCAAGAUAGGCCUACAAGUAGAGAUCCAACACCUAACCAGAUCCUUUUCGAAAUUCGGCUCAAUAGGCAUUGCAAUCUGAAUUGGACCGACUGGGUCGCUGAACAGAGGGAUUGGAUUGAGGACGGUUAUGGGCUGCCGGACCUUCCUGUUCGAAACUCGGCAGAAGAUUUU